AUGGCCAAGCAACUGAGCGCCGAGGAGAUCUCAAUCUUCAGAGACUGCUUCAAUGAAUAUGACACAGACAAGGGCGGUAACAUCACCGUCGAGGAAUUCGCCCGAGUGAUGCGGAAGACAAAUCCAUCCGUGUCGGACGAGGAAGUCUCCAAGAUCAUUAGCGAGGUCGAUCUUGACGGCGACGGGACCAUUAACUUUGACGAGUUCAUCACUAUGAUGACAGGGCAGCCCUACAAGAGCCCAGAGCCGGCCUGCGGCCGCAUCGUGGGCAGUGUGGCAGCGUUCCGGGGCGUCAGCAACGUCUCGGCCCUGCUCAAACGGGUCGCUCUCUCCCCCGGCGAGGUGGAGCAGGUCGCUGCCAAAGCCGGCCUGGCUGUCACCGCUGAAGAUGUCGAGGGGAUGAUCGAUCCCGCGAACGGGGAGGGCAAGAUCACAUACGAGAAGUUUCUUGAGUUCGUGAAGCGGCAGGAGGUUGACGAUAUUGUGAGCGGAUACGAGUGA